AUGGCGGCUCUAGUUUUAGUUUUUGGGAAAAUUGUAUUGACGAAUGAAACAAAUGAUUCACAGUGUGAACAGAAACUUGGGCGGGUUUUAGAAUUUAGAUUAGUGAAGGGGUCUCAAGGCAGCCGUAAGACUUGGAUACCAUAUAUGAACACCAAAGAUUGUUCCCAAGGUUUUUGUAGUUUGCAUUGCCCACAGUGGUGUUACAUGGCAGUACCACCCCCACCUGCCUUUGAGUUUCCUCAAGAAGAUUCGUCGUCUCCCAUUUUCUCUCCUCUUGUUAUUGCAAUUAUCGGCAUUUUGGUCAGUGCUUUUCUUCUUGUGAGCUACUACACCGUAAUUUCCAAGUACUGCGGUAACGAGGACCGGAGGAGAGCAAGAAGAGAAAAUCAUGGCCAGAAUGAGGAGUUCGAUGACGAUCACACCCAGUCGAUCCAUAUGCCGUGGCAUAUCACAACGGCUGGCUUAGAUGAGGCUUUGAUUAAGUCAUUAACAGUUUGUAAGUACAAGAAAGGAGAUGGAUUGGUCGAAGGAACAGAUUGUUCGGUUUGUUUGAGUGAGUUUGAAGAAGAUGAGAGCCUGAGGCUGUUGCCUAAGUGCAAUCAUGCUUUCCAUCUCCCUUGCAUUGAUACAUGGCUUAAAUCUCACUCCAAUUGCCCUUUGUGUCGCGCUACAGUAGUUUCUGCAAAUGCUUCUCAGUUGCCACCUAAUGCAGUGUCUGAAAGUCCUCCAUUAACCGAUCGCGAUACAUCAUCAUUUGCUGAAAGCCAAGGAGCAUAUGAAAAUGCGGUAACGGCACAAGAUUCAGAGAGGGGUUCUUCUCAAAACGUGGAAGCAAUACAUGGAGAUCAUGCUAUUCCGAAGACAUCAUCGGGACUUGCUUUUAGUGAUUUGGGAAAUGCAGAGGGGCGAGAUAGUACCAUCAUUGAGAUUGCAGGAGAUCAUGAGGUAUAUCAUCAAGCAGUUAGAAGGUCGGUUUCCAUGGAUGGUUCAAGUGGGUACCGUGUUUUAGUUGCAGAUAUUCUUCGCAUGAAUGAUGAAGACGAUGGGGAGGACAAUGAUAUUGAUCAUGUGGGAGGCUCAGAUGACGUUGCCGGUUCUUCGAAACAGUCAACUGGAGGAGCUGGAAAAUCUAGCCAUACAAAAGGAGUACUCCUGCAUUGUGUUAUAAGUCCAGUUGCAAUGAAGAGAUCAUUUUCAAGCGGAAGAUUCUGUUAAACUAGGUAUUUGGAUUAAAGUGCAAAAUUUUGAUUUUGCUCUGAAAUAGGUAUUAUAAUUAUCUGUUUACAAUCCAUUGUUAGACUCCGUGAGCUUUUAAAUCCAUAAAUUGUUGCAUAUGAUGAGUGUAUAGAACAUCAUUUUUAGGGUAUAAAACCACUACACGAAGUGUGAUGAUUUUUUAGACCGAUUGAUAUACACUCCUGGUGUGCAAAUAUUUCUCCGAUUAGUAUAUUGUUGCUUUUGGAGUAAA